AUGACCGCCAUUCCCGAUCCCGAAUUUCCCUGCUCCAUGCAAGCCACCCCCCUGUCCUGUGACGAUGACGACCCCAAUGUCCUCAACGUCCCCUUUCCCACCGCUCGACUGGCCACAACCGCCCUCAAGGCCAUUCAGGUGGACCCUGAACUCUCCCCACUCGUUAGGCGACAGCUCACCGUUGUCCCAGCGCCCAAGUCAACGCAGGGUUCUCCAUCUGGUGACGAUGCAGAUGUCCAGCUUCUCGAGGUUCAUUACAGGGCCACAACCAAUCGAAUGCUUCGAGUCGCUGUCAACGGCUUCAUGGAGAGCUUGAAACUCGUGGUGGAGGUUAUGGAGCAUUCUGGUCUUCCCGUGCUCCACAACUCUUCUGAGGCUGUCAAUUCCUCGUUUACUAGUUCAUCUACUGCUUCGUCUAGCGAUUUCAACAAAUACACUCUACAACAAGCCCAUCUAGGCCCAGAGGCACCCGUCUAG